AUGCCCCUCCUGUCCCUCGCGGUCCUCGCCAAGGACCAACAUGGAGGCGGCGGCCAAAACUCGACAGAGGCUCAGUGCAAGCGCUUCCUGAAGAACGAGAAGCUGGUGCAGCUUGCUGCCAACGCCACUCUCCUGGCCGAGAUCACGAACAACAACGCCACGAGGAUGGACUUUAUCAAGAAGAAGGCGGCUGAGGUCCAGCCCCAGAUCGACACGGCCAAGCAAAACGCAACCCUGAUGGCGACUUGCGACCAGGUUCGCGCUGUUCAGCAAGAAAAUGGACAGUGCCGCUUCAUGAACCGUAUGGACAAGUUGCAAAAGCUGGUUGCCAACGAGACUGCUCUGAACGAGGUCACAAAGAACAACGCCACCAAGGCCGAAAAGCUCAAGAGCUGGGCCCAACAGGGCCAGGCCAAGCUCACCGAAUUGCAGGGCAACCAGACCCUUCUCCAGUACUGCGCGGCGAUGACCACCAAGGGAGAUUGCAAGCAGAUGAACAAGCUGAACAAGCUCGUUGCUCUUUCAAAGAACGACACCGCCUUGAACGAGAAGUUCAACGGCAACACCACCAAGAUCGAAAACUUCAAGGCCAAGGCCGCCAAGAAGGAGGCCAAGCUCAACGAGAUGAUGAACAACUCAACACUCAUGAGCGUAUGCAAGCAGCUCAAGGAAGGCAAGGACGGCAAGGACGGCAAUGGUGGCAAGGCGGAAGGUACCAAGAACGGCAUCGACAGCGGCGCCGCUGGUGUCAGAGCCGCUGGUGCUCUCAGCUUGGCUGCUAUACUCAGCGUUGUUGUUGGCUUGUUGAUGUAA